UCUUGCCAUCUCUUGCUCUCCUCGUCAUGACCCUAAGAUCACCAUCACCAUGACGUCAACCUCAAGCAAGGUCCAUAGACAUAUCCUACCUAUAUAUCGAUGUUUCACGACGUAAACGUCCAUCUAUCCUGCAACAAAGCCAUUGUGCGUAAAUCACCUCUCAAUCAUCAAUAAUGAGCACCGAACAAACACCCAAGCUCCCCGGAGAGCCACUCUCCACCAAGAGCAAAGUCCUCGAAACAGGAGCCUCACUGGCCCAGGACUUCACCCCAGUAAAGAGCAUCUGCGCCCACCUCAACGCCUUCCACGUCUACGCCUCCGACCCAACCCGGCACGUCGAGGCCAACCACUACUGCAGCCACCUGACAGAAGACGUCCGCCAAUGCCUCCUCUACGACAGCGCCCUCCCCACCGCCCGCCUAAUCGGCAUAGAAUACAUGAUAACCCCGACCCUGUACUCCACCCUCCCCGCCCCGGAGCGCCGCCUGUGGCACAGCCACGUCUACGAGGUGAAAUCCGGCAUGCUGAUCAUGCCGCUCCCCGCCUCCGUGGUCCCCUCGGCGGCGUGGGAGCGCGCCGAGACGGCCGAGAUGGCCGACGUGGUGCACCUGUACGGCAAGGCGUACCACCUGUGGCAGGUGGACCGCGGCCACGAGCUGCCGCUGGGCGGGCCUGAGCUGAUGACGAGCUACACGGCCGACGGGCAGUUUGACUUUGAUGCUGUGGUGGGGGAGCGGGACGAGAGGUUCGGGACCGACUGGAGGAGGAAGAAGGAGGUUAGGGGGGAUAUUGGGGAGCCUGAGAUCCAUCCGGAUGCCGAUGCCGCGUGGAAGAAGUCUGAGACUGAAUAGGGGGACAAGUCUAUCAGCUGUAAACAAAAAAUUGCGCGUAAAAACUACCAUCUUCCUUUAUAAAAAUCUCCACCUGCACACUAUGUUCCGUUCAGCGUAUCAACUCCCUCUCACCCCCACAGCAGCAUUACAGUCCCGUCUCAUACACCACUCAUCAAC